AUCAGCUCUCCUUCAUCCAGCGCGCUCCCCUCUCUCUCUCUCUCUCUCUCUCUCUCUCUCUCUCUCUCUCUCUCUCUCUCUCUCUCUCUGAUCCUCAUCCAUCAGCUCUGCAGGAUCAUGAAUGGUGAUUAAUAAAGAACGCCAGGUCCAGUGGGGAGAGUUCGGAGCCGUUAGUAGAGUGUGUGUGUGUACAUGACCCUGGCCCCAUGAUGAUGAUGAAAGGCCUUUCCAGCAGCCGCAGCCACCACCACAUGGUGGCCUGCGAGCCUUCGUAUGACCCUAUGGGUCACCACGGUGAUCGCAAGCCCUACCUCAUCAGCCAGAUUGAGGCUCCGCCUCCUCCUGAUCAUCCGUAUUAUUCCUCACGGAGCUCGUACCAGCCGGACUGUGUGGUGCCGUACGGUACUUUCCCUCGGCGCCACUACAGCACAAGCCAUGAGCCUAAGGAAGAGUGUGCUGUCGUCCCCUACACGGGUGGAAUGGGACCUGCGGGAAAAUGUCAACAAGUGCCAGUUAACCUUCUGGAACAUCUGGAUCGGCAGCUUCCAAUGGCACGGGAUGGCUAUCACACGCUGCAGUAUAAACGGGCAGCGGCUGCAGCCGCUGCUUUAGAGCAGCGCAAUGAUAGUCCUGGGCGUAUACGGCACUUGGUGCACUCUGUGCAGAAACUUUUUACCAAGUCACACUCAUUAGAAGGGCCUCACCAUGGAGGACAUGGGCAUGGACACAGUAAGAGCAGUAUGAAUGGAAGCAAAGCUAGUCCUGAUGGAGAAAACACGCCAGCACCAACACCACGGCAGCGCAAGCGGAGCAAGAGUCGCGAGCGCUGCAAAUCAGCAGAGCCCAAGCAGCGGACACCACCCUCAGGAUACUGGAGCUCAGAUGAGCUGGAGCGAGAUGUCUGCCCUCUGCGCCACGCUGCGCCUGGCAUCAUGACCGUAGGGCGUCAUCCGGAGCGGGCACAGUCUCAGUACUUCCUGGAGGCAUGUGGAGCUGAGCCGACGCUGAAGAACUCGCGCAGCAGCAGUGAUGUGGCCAAGUGCACGACCUGCGCCAUCACGGCACCGGGCUCUGAUGUGGCACAGCUGGCGAAGAAGAGUGCAUGGUCGUCCUCUCUCACGGUGAGCAGGGCGCGCCAGGUGUACCAGCAGGCUGCUGUAAAUCUAGAUAAGGCGCUAGUGAAAGCAGAGGCUUGUCAGCAGGAGCGCACUUGCCAAUUCUUGCAGGUGCCUCAGGACGAGUGGGGGGCUUUCCCCAUGGGGAAGGAAGAUGACAUCCCAUGCAGACGCAUGCGCAGUGGGAGCUACGUUAAAGCCAUGGCUGAGGACGACAGUGGUGACUCUGAUGGAAGCCCCAAACCAUCACCCAAGAUGCAGGCGAGACGAGCCAGCUACCUCAAAGCUACGCAGCCAUCACUCACAGAAAUGACAACGCUCAAUAUUUCUACAGAACAUUCUCCGAAGCUACAGAUAAGGAGUCACAGCUACCUGCGGGCCGUCAGCGAAGUUUCCAUUAACAGAAGUAUGGAGAGUCUGGAUCCUAAAGCUCUUCUCGCCUCGCCUCAAUACCGCUCACGAAACGAGAGCUACAUGAGGGCUAUGAGCACCAUUAGCCAGGUGAGCGAGGUUGAGGUGAACGGACAGAUCGAGGCCGUGUGUGAAAGUGUCUUCAGCGAGAUGGAGUCUCAGGCCGUGGAGAGGGCUGCACUGGACUUGCCGGUUCCUGGGUGUUUCCGUAUGCGGAGUCACAGCUAUGUGCGUGCCAUCGAUCAGGGCUGCUCACAGGACGAGGAUGGACCAUUGCUGCCUGCGUCACCACCACGGACCACCACCACAGUCCGGACCAUUCAGAGCAGCACAGUGUCGUCAUGUAUCACCACCUAUAAGAAGACGCCUCCACCGGUGCCUCCGCGCUCCUCCACCAAGCCCUUCAUUAGCAUCACGGCUCAGAGCAGCACCGAGUCGGCGCAGGACGCCUACAUGGAUGGCCCGGGUCAUCGUCAUGGCGACACAGCACUGCACUCCGCCCUCAGUAACUCCACAGAGAGCAUCGACAGCAUGAAGGCUCUGACGGCUGCCAUCGAGGCAGCGAAUGCACAGGUUCACGGCCCUGCGAGUCAGCAUGUCAACUCCAGCAACACUGGCGGCCCCACCUCGCCACGCCCCCUACCCCUGCCCCUUCCCCUGCCCCUCCCUGUCCCCGUUCCUGUCCCCAUACAAGUCCCCACACUGGAGGACUCACACAGAGAUGCUCUCCGCAAGGGCCGGUGUCUGUCCAUCGGCAUACAGGUUGACGGACCCGAAGAUCAGGAGGCAGAGGACCAGUCGAAGUUUCAGUCAGUAGGAAUUCAAGUCGAGGACGAGAGAAGUCAUCGCCGGAUCAUGCGCUCUAACAGCGUGACAGCGGCGGUGCAGGCCGACCUGGACAUGCCCGAUUUCUCUCCGACCGAGGGUCCAGACAUCGACAUCACCUUCUCUCGGGAUGCCACAGCCUCGACAGUGAGCAUCCAGGGCUCAGGGAACCACUACCAUGCCUGCACCUCAGACGACUACUCCUCUGUGGGCUUUGACCCGUCCGUGCUGCCGCCUCCUGAGCCCUGGGUGGACAGCGGCAUUCCCGAAGACCCACUCCAGAGUGCACGUAGCCGCUCUGUGUGUCAGCGUGAUGGACGUUGGUUUCUCAAACUGCUGCAGGCCGAAGCCGAUCGCAUGGAGGGAUGGUGCAGGCAGAUGGAGCAGGAAGAGCGGCACAAUGAUCUUCCCGAUGACAUCCUGGGGAAGAUCCGCAGUGCAGUAGGCAGCGCGCAGCUUCUUAUGUCUCAGAAGUUCCAGCAGUUCAGAGAGCUGUGUGAGGAGAACCUGAAUCCAAACGCUCACCCACGGCCCGUGGCUCAGGAUCUGGCAGGCUUCUGGGACAUGCUUCAGCUCUCCAUUGAGAACAUCAGCCUGAAGUUCGAUGAGCUGCACCAGCUCAAGGCCAACAACUGGAGACCCCUUGACCCACCCGAGAGAAAGGAGAGGAGGUUGCCUCCCCCUGUGCCAAAGAAACCAGUGAAGUGCCAUCCUCCGUUGGCACGAGAUCGUUCUCUGGAGAGUUCAGAGAAACAGCGGCAGGAGGCUCGUAAACGCUUAAUGGCAGCCAAGAGAGCUGCGUCCGUGCGCCAGAACUCAGCCACCGAGAGCGCAGACAGCAUUGAGAUCUACAUCCCUGAGGCUCAGACCAGACUCUGAACACCUACACACACACAAUACUGCACUCGCGCACAUUACUACUGAAAGCACAAACACGCCAGCCUGGUCUGAUUCAGAGAGAAGUGCGCCAACACACACACUCACACACACACUCACACACACACACAUACACACACAACAUGACAUUGCAUUUGUUAUUAUCAUCUCAUCCAUAUUCGCUGUUCUAGUUUAACAGUUAAAAUUAUAAAAAUAUUUAUAAUCUUCCGUUAAUAUACAUUUUCUGAAGAAAAAAGUUCCUCAGUUUUUUUUUUAAUUCUUCAUAGAUUUUAUUGUAAAAUUAUUUUCAGAAUGUACUUGAAGACCCUUCUACACAGUUAAAUCCCAAGCUGCCUCCUAUUCACUAUACAUGCUGAGUACAUAGAGUUUAACAUAUUAGCAUAGUGCACUAGAUACACAACGGAGCUUCAGCCACAGAUUAACGGCCAUAAAAACAUGUUGCGUUUAUAAAAAUAAAGUAGUCUUGUUGCAGUUUUCUACAUAUCAAACAACAUGAAAUGAUUUCAGUUAAAAAAAAAACUUCAGUGUUAUUAUUAGAUGUAGGUUUAGCAACUGGAAGUAGAUCAUGUGUUAUGUAUUUUUUUUAAUAAAUAUUCUAAAUAUUUAGAUAUAUAUUUCAUUCAAAUUAUUGUACACAAUAAAAUUUUAUAUUGAAUCAAAUUGUAUCAUAUGAUAUCGUAUCGAAUCAGCUUUGAAUCGAAUUGUUAAAUUUUUUAAAUGUUGUACAUCAGAUCAUCAGUUACAUGUUAUACUCACUUCACUAACAAACAUGCACACCUACACGCACACAUACACAAACACACACACACAGUGUCCUGGCGCCAAUCGGAUGGGUGGAGUGUUUGUAUAUAAUCUGUGAUUUACUGUUCCUCUACUGCUACCAGGGACACCACAGCAGGUCUCUGGGUUUUUUAUUUAUUUAUUUGUCUAUCUAUUUUAAAACUCUUUCCUCUCUGA